CAAAGUUGAAGCUCCGAACUGACGCCGCUAAGAUUUAAGGCAACUAAACCGAUGGAUAUAACAGCCUGAAAGUGGGAGAAACUUAAAAAAAUAUUUUAUCAAAAUGACUUAAAUCUCACCGACACAACGCGGAGCGUUCUGCCCGUCGGAAGAUGUCUUGUGUGUGGGUUAAAUCCGCCACUUGGCCGGUGUUUCUACACAAGCAGUUCUGGAGACGUCUUCACCGUGGGAACGUUUGCUCUACGUCUGCCAGACCAGAGUCUGCUCCUCCUGCACCUGUGGACUCUGCGUCAGGACAGGACCCCAGUUCCUCCUCACAGUCCCCAGACCCUGGACCCCCGCCCGCCCCCACCUACUGUUGCAUGAGCGGCUGCCACAACUGCGUUUGGAUCAAACACGCGGAGCAGCUGCUGGCGUAUUAUCAGGACGGAGGCGACCGAGCGCUCGCUGCCAUCGAGAAGAGCGGUCUGGAUGAGAACCUGAAAGCUUAUCUAAAGAUGGAGCUCAAGCUCCUGAAAAAGACGUGACGUUUCCCUCUCGGAGUUUGUGGCCGAGCACUUCAUCUAGACCCUGUUCACCGGCUGAGCUGCAACGUUUUCACUCCUCCGUGCGUUGAGAGAGUUCCUAAAACUGGACACGAGCUCCUUUAAAGUUCUUGCUGCUUUUAUUUAUGUCAAGUCUUUGCUGCUCAGUUUGUCACAAACACAUUCGACCAGAGAAGUCCGACGAGUUUAAAGCGAGUUCAGUUUCCACAGUUGGCUCGUUUGAAAAUAUAAAAACAGCCUUUAAAUAUAAAAACAGCCUUUAAAUAUAAAAACAGCCUUUGACAUGUCAGAAAU